UGACUUCCAGUUUGUUUUUAUUAGACUUCCUUGUCCUCGCUACUUCUUCAUGAUUCUGAGCAGAGACUGGGCUUGACUAUGGGUAACUCAGAGAGUAACUCUUUAACAGACUUUGACUCAACAUGGGAAGAUGAAGAUUACUAUGAGGACAGAACAAAGUCCUCGGUGCAGUGGCCAUGGAGUGCACAAAGGAACACAGAUGCUGCAAAAGACAUGCAAAACUACAGAUACAUGUGGCGGAUCACCCGGUGUGAUGAUGUGACAGAUCAUGAGCUGGACGACGAAAAAGUCUUGUUGAAUCUGUGGUUCUACCAAAAUAAGAUCCCUUUCGACCCUGAUGGCAUGCUCAUUGAUGAUUUUCACAUGCACUGGUUUGGUGAUUACAACAGGCUAGAGCAUGUGCACUACUACAUUCAAUGGCUAUUUCCAACUCACGAGAAAGGAAGGAACGCAUCACAUGAGCUUAGCCCAGAAGCAAUCAAGCUGUUCCGUAGGGACGAGCAGGUGAAGAAAAGAUUGUUGACAUCUUACAAGCUCAUGUUGGACUUUUAUGGCAUAGAACUCAUCAGUGAGGAAACUGGAGAAGUGAGACGAGCUACAAAUUGGACAGAGCGAUCUGCAAACCUAAAUAGAAACACACACAACAAUCUUCGCAUCACCCGUAUCCUUAAGUCCAUGGGAUUGCUGGGGUUUUCUCACUAUCAAGCACCGCUGGUUCACUUCUUCCUUGUUGAGACUCUGGUGCAAGGCACACUUCCCCAAGUCAAGCAGAGCGCUCUGGACUACUUUAUGUUCGCAGUUGUAGACAAGACUAAAAGAAAGGAGUUGAUCAAAUUUGCCUUGUGUUAUUUUGAGCCAAAAGAGAAAUUUGUAUGGUGUCCUAAAAGCAUUCAGAAUCAAUUUUUGAAGGAGCUUGAGUGUGCACAUGAAGAAUGGCUUGGAAAUGCCAAGUAAUUAACAGGGUUUAGAAUGAUCAAAAGGUUAUAAAAUCAAGAUGAAACUGAUACGUGCAUAAAAAUCUGCAGAUAAGAAUUAUAGUUAAGUUAUUUUGUCUACUGAAAAGACCAGUAGGUCAAAACAGAAGCCUCAGACUAACCUUUUAACAAUAAUUUAAUAAAGAUGCUCAGACAUGCUUUUGACUCUGUAUUUGUACUAAAAUGAUGACACCAGUGAAAAUUGGCAAAAGCUUAUUGCCAAUUUUCACUGGUGUCAUAAUUUUAGUACAAAUAAAGAGUCAAAAGCAUGUCUGAGCCAGGCCCGGCUCCAGAUAUGAGAUGAAAGGUGGGCCAAGUGAUAUUUCAGGUGGGCCGUUCGGAUUGGGGUUGGGGACAAUUGUUAGGGUUGUUUGUUAUUGUUGUGUUUUCUUCAUUUUUAAUAUUUUUUUGACCCCUUAACAGAUCUUGUAUCAAUUAAGUAACUUUAGAUUUGAUAAAUAGGGGCAAUUCUUUUAAAAUGACUAUUACAUCAACUAAAACAAACUUGUUACUUGAGUGAAGCAUGAACUGUAAGAAUUAGGUUUUGUUAAAAAAGGGGCAGUCCAUCGGAAGCUGCAGAUGAACUCAACUCAUUCAUUUCUCUGACCUCAUUGCCGCAAAUGGAUGAGGAGGUGGUAGCUGUGUCCUGGAGAGCUAAAGUGGUUUUCUUUUGUCCUUUCGGAACAAGAAAUCUGUACACGUUGUGUUUUAUUAGGCUAUACAGUACAGACCAAAAGUUUGGACACACCACCUUUUCAACAGGACAAUGACCCCAAACACACCUCCAGGCUGUGUAAGGGCUAUUUGACCAUGAAGGAGAGUGAUGGGGUGCUGCGCCAGAUGA